AUGGGAAACACAGAGAAGCUUUUGAAUCAGAUCAUGGACUUGAAAUUCACAUCAAAAUCGCUGCAAAGGCAAGCGCGAAAGUGCGAGAAGGAAGAGAAAUCGGAGAAAUUGAAAGUCAAGAAGGCGAUCGAGAAAGGAAACGUGGAUGGUGCUCGGAUCUAUGCUGAGAACGCCAUUCGUAAGAGGACUGAACAGAUGAAUUACUUGAGGCUCGCCUCUAGGCUGGAUGCCGUUGUGGCUAGGCUUGAUACUCAGGCUAAGAUGACUACUAUUAAUAAGUCUAUGGCUUCUAUUGUUAAGUCUCUCGAGUCUACUCUCGCUACUGGUAACUUGCAGAAGAUGUCAGAGACGAUGGAUCAGUUUGAGAAGCAGUUUGUGAACAUGGAGGUACAGGCAGAGUUCAUGGAGAGCUCAAUGGCUGGGUCUACCUCGUUGUCCACACCUGAGGGUGAGGUCAACAGCUUGAUGCAACAGGUAGCUGAUGACUAUGGAUUGGAGGUCUCUGUUGGGCUGCCACAGCCUGCUGCACAUGCAGUGGCAACAAAGUCACAGGAGAAGGUUGAUGAGGAUGAUUUGUCAAGGCGGCUUGCAGAGCUUAAGGCCAGAGGGUAA